AUGAACUGCGAAAUACAGGUUGUCGGGGACCAGUUCCAGUCGGAUCCUUGCAGGCGUUCUCACGCCUGCGUAAGUGUGAACGUUCUAGGAGAUAAAGUAGAAAGAAGAGAACAUCAGUUCGACAUAUAUUUUGUCGCACUUCGCAAGUAUUUACUUCAGAAGUGCAGUGAAAUUCGAAAGGACCCUCGAUAUAGAAAGUUGACCACAACCGAAAUUCUGGAGGAUAUGUUGGAAGAAUAUGAGGCAGACGGAACGAUGAGAGCGGAGGAUCGCCAAGAAAUGAUGCUUAGCUUUCAUCGAGGAAAUCUAAACUCGAUAAGAAGCGCGAUCGCGAAGUACUUUGCAGACAUGUUGUAUUUUGUAAUCAUGGCUCAGGCAUACCACAAGGUGAAGGGGAUCACUUGGGAUAACAUCCCACAGUCUUUAUCCCACUUGAGAGAUGGAACUCAGUUUUUGCAGUUGAGAACCCCACAGUUGCAAUUGUAUUACUCACUAAAAACAAUCGAGAAAGCCUAUCACAACGGCCUUUGCGUUUCGGCCGCAGAUGGGGUGCAUAAGAUAAUGUACACAGCAGCUGUACACGAUCCACGGUGUAUGCAACAACGGCUUGGAGGUAGCACACUUUCAGAUUCGAGGCUCAGUAGCUACAAUUGUCUCAUGAACGGAUUUGCAGGUCCCUCUUUUCCAUGCUCUAACGAAGAACAAAACGGAGGCCAUGUACAAGACCAUAUUUGA